AGCCGGCCAGAAGGUUUCCCCACGCCCCCUCCUCUACCGCCCCCUAGCGGCCGCCUCCAAACUCCGGCUUCCACCAAAGCCCAAGUGCGCCUGCGCGUCGGCCGGGCGGCGGGGGCGGCGCAUGCGCAGAGCCGGCCCGGUUCAAACGGCGGCGCGCGCCGCACCGGUAACACCCCCCCCCCCCCCGCCGGUACCGGGAGAGCAGGCCCCCACCAUGCUGAGCAAGCGGAUGGAGGAGCUGGAGGAGGUGAGCAAGGAGCUGCUGAAGGUUCUGCUCUCCGACUGGGCCGACAACCUCCUGCGCCGCAGCCUGGACAAACGGAGCCGGAUGGACGACAAACUGCUGGCCUCGCAGGCCACGGCCGCCCAGCUCGUCAGAGAGCUCAGCGCGGCCGAGGAGACGGUAGCGAAGACCCUCCUGGACCGGGAGAGCGAGCUCCAACGAUUGCUCCGGAGGCUGCAAGAGCUGGAAGAGGAGCUGGUUUCGGGCGCGGGAAGCCGGUGCCAGCCUGCAGGCCGGCAACAGCGCCCUGCGACGGGAGCUGGAGGAGCUGCGGGAGGAGAGCCGGCGGCUGGAGGAGGACACGGAGCGGGAAGAGGACACCGUGCCCACCACCGCGUGAGUGGGUACGUGACGCAGCUCUACUACAAGAUCAGCCGCAUCGAUUGGGACUACGAGGCCGAGCCGGCGCAGAUCAAAGGCAUCCACUACGGCCCCGACAUCGCCCAGCCCAUCGACAUCGACGGCAGCCGCCAUUCCCGCUGCUUCGUCAGCGAUUACUUGUGGAGCCUGGUGCCGACGGCGUGGUGAACGGCACGGUGCCGGUACGGAUUGGGCGACGCCAAUUGCCCCCCUUCCCCCCCCGACCCCGCGGUGCUGACCCCCCCAACUUAAUCACAAAAGUCUCUUUUAUUCAUGUAACAAUGGGAUUUGGAAAUCAUUAAAACCAGUC